CCCCCAGGGACAUCAGGGCUGGUAAAUGUCAUCCAGCCCGUGUGGACAAAAAUGGUAAUUGCGCUUUGACCAAACGAUGGAAAGAAGACGCAGGUGGAGAUGACAAAAAAAACUUUGAUUUGAAUCAAUUAACAAGAACUGAGGACGCACCGCCGCGAAAAGGUCGACGGAGAAGACGUGAAAUCCGUCGAAAAAAAUAAACUCUGAACUGAACUGAGCUCGACUGUUUCACACUGGCCUCACCCGAAACUCUUUCGAACGUUUAUCAGGUCGUGUGAUGCUAAAUCGACGUUAGCACAGCUCGCGUGGUGCUUCCCCCGUGUUGCUAACGACGACAGCCCCGCCACAGCCACGAGCGCGCGGGGACGUGACAGAACGGGACAUGGCGAUGCUUCAUCCCCAUGAAGGAACGGAGGAUGGACUUCGAAUCGCUAUCGUUGGUCUUCGUGUCGUCUUGUCCUGACGGGGAGUUCAGCUGCACAUCUGGAGAAUGUCUUCCUUCUGAACUCGUCUGUGAUUUUAAGGUGGAUUGUGAAGAUGGCUCUGACGAGGAGUUUUGUGGUUCGUGUGACUUUGAGGAGCACACCUGUGGUUGGAAAAACACCUCCCACCACUGGAGACGGCAGAUGGUAAACCUGACUUCAAUACCUGGACAAGACAACACCACAGGAACCCCUUGGGGACACGUCAUGCAUGCACAUGUCGAGGGCUUUUCAGAGGCGAAUUUGGAGUACUCUGUUGUCAAGAGGGCAGCCCCUGGAUGCCAGAUCAGCUUCUGGUUCUACAUUUUGGGUGGCACGCCUUCAGCAUCAUCGGGCUUAAAACUAAAAAUGGUUCGAGGCGACGCUCAGAAAGAGUUGCUGGAGCCUCCUAUACGUCAAAAGGACAGCUGGGAGAAUGCCACAGUCUUGAUCAGUAAUCGACCAGGAGGAUACAAGCUGGUGUUUACAUUCAAACCUUCAUUUUAUGGGCCCAAAGAUGUUAUGCUGGAUGAUAUCAGGUUUGAAAACUGUGGAGAGGGCGAUGUGCCCGCAGGAUCAGACCAACUCUCAUGUGAAUUUGAAAAGGACACAUGCUCAUGGUACCAUGACAUCACUGCCAGCCUUUCAUGGAAAAGGAUAGUCCCAGACCUAGCUAGGAAAGGUUACUGCAUGCUCAUAGAAGCUACAAACAAGCAAAACAUCUCCUCGGCAGCCAGACUCGUCAGCUUUCCUCAACCUGCAGGUCAAUCCAUAUGUGUGAGCUUCUGGUACCACAUAUUUGGCAACAGCAUUGGUUCACUGAAGUUUAUUGUAAAGCAUCCUGAUGAACCCGAGGUGAUUGUGUGGAUGAGGAGUGGCACCCAGGGAAACAAAUGGCGAUUUGCUGAUCUUACCUUCAACAGUGACAAGCCGAUACAGUUUAUCCUAGAAGCCGUGGUGGGUGGUACACAGGGGAUCAUUGCCAUUGAUGACAUUGUGGUGUCCCACACAAGUAGUUCUUGUCCGCCUGAGAGAGAGUGCACCUUCCAGGGUUCCCUCUGUGGUCUGCAGCCUCAACCGUCUGCAAACUUCACCUGGACUCGGAUCAGGGGGGGGUCCCAACCAGCUAACUCUUCAGGUCCUACUGCAGAUCACACUCUGGGGACAGAGCAAGGUUAUUACCUGAGUGCCCAGUUGUGGAGUCACCCUGUCGGGUCCAGGGGAGCGAUGAUGACCACAACGAUGGAGCCCACCCCUGCUGAUGGGGAAUGUCUAAUGUUCUGGUACUACAUGGAGGGAAGUGGAGUGGGUGAACUCAGUGUGCACCUUCAGAACCCUGGCAGCCAAAGAAACACCCAGAAGCUCUGGAACAGAAGAGGAGAUCAGGGAAAGCACUGGCGACAUGGAAGAGUGACGCUUCUCAGCCAUGGUAACCCAUAUCAAGUGAUUUUUGAGGCGAUGGCUGGGGAUGGACCAAGGAGAGACAUCGCUAUUGAUGACCUCACUGUCAUGAAUGGUGCCUGUCCCCCAUCAGGUUUUUGUGACUUUGAGAUGGACUUGUGUGGUUGGGUGAACAAUCCUCCAGCAGAGUUGGGAGUGGACUGGGAUUGGCUCUCGGGCAUGAGUGUUGGUGGAUUAAUUCCACUGAGGGACCACACCACAGAUUCUUCUUUAGGUCACUUUGCUUUCAUCAGGGCCUCUAAGUCUGAGAGACAAGAGAUCGCGCAGCUGGAGAGUGAGUCAAUGGCGGCCGUGGACCGAGCUUGCCUGGAGCUCUGGCACAUCUCCGAAGGGUGGUUGGCAGAUAACCCCACGAAUAUUACGCUGACAGUGUUUGUGAAUGAGGGUGCUGGACAGCGUCCUGUGUGGAAAACAAAUGGAUAUAUGAAUAAAACCUGGAUCCUAGACAGGGUGGAUUACAAUGCAUCAGAGACUCACCAGAUUAUUUUACAAGCCAGUUGUCCCAACUUUAUGGAAGCAAGCUUUGCCCUGGACGAUAUCCACAUUAUCAGGGAUCACUCAUGUGCUGACAUUAUCCCAACAACUACCCCAGCGCCUGCCACCACCACGACCACGGCUCCAGACUCUGCCAUUGAUUGCACCUUUGAACAAGGUCUAUGUAAUUGGCUCCAGGAGGACAGUGGUGAUUUCAACUGGACUCUCAGUAGUGGACUUCAAGUGGCUCAACCAUGGGAUGGACCUGAGUAUGAUCACACUGUUGGAAAUAAGCAAGGUUUCUUUUUGCUGUUGAAUGGAUCCACAUCCAAGAAUGGAGAGAGAGCAGUCCUCUCUUCUCCUGUUGUCAGUCAUUCAUCACAUAUCUGUGUUGGUUUCUGGUACUACAUGCUCGGACCUUCUGUAUCCACCCUGGAUCUGCUUGUUCGAACAAAAUCCUCUGAACUGUUCGUCUGGACUCGUGGACGGACUCAGAAUCCAGAGUGGAUGAACGCACGAGUAACCAUCAGCACGAAUGAUACAAUAUGGAUGGUGUUUACUGGGCAAAGAAACACCAACAGCCGAGGAUUCAUUGCCAUUGAUGACAUUACCAUGACAGAGGGGGCCUGCAGUGAUCAGAAUAUGUGUGGAUUUGAGUCAAGCUUGUGCGGCUUUGAGAACGAUGUCAGUCAUCUGGGUCACUGGGGUCGCAAAAGGGGAACAGAACAUCACGUGGAUCACACCUAUGGAACUGAAAAUGGUUUCUACGUGACGGUGAUGGAAACAAACACUACGCAGACUGAAGUAGCUCAGCUGCUCAUGCCAAAGUUGACCUCUGCUACAGAGAUGUGUGUUCGCUUCUGGUACUGGUUACCCACAGGUUUCUCCAACGGCCUAGCUGUCCAUGUGAAUCGGGAUGGGCAGGAAAGUGAUGCCCUUUGGCAACGAUCUGAAGUGAACUCUACAGGCUGGGAGGUGGCAGAGGUCACUGUGUCCUCCCCAGGAAAAUUCAGUGUGGCAUUUAAAGCAGACACUAAUUCUGCAGCCAAACUAGAUGACAUUUCUGUGAGAAAUGGGCCCUGCAAUCCUCCGGGUAGCUGUGACUUUGAGUCUGGACAGUGCAGCUGGAUCAACAUCCCCAAAGAAGGUGGACAUGACUUGGUGCUGGCCAAUGGGGGCUUCCACGGUCCACCUACAGACCACACCACUCAGACCCCAGACGGUUGGUUUUUGUUGAGCUCAUCACUGCACCUCAACCACAGCAGUGUAGCACAGGUAGUGUCAGAAUGGAUCCAACUGAAAGACACCACCUUCUGUUUCACCUUAUGGUACUAUUUGGAUCGCAGUGACUCCGGGAACCUGCGGGUGUACAUGCGUUCAGGGCCAUCGCAGGAGGAUCUGAUGUUCCACAGUAACAGCAGUGGGCACAGCUGGAACAGGCUUUCCCAAUCUGUAGAGAGAACCAAACCUUUCCAGCUGCUGAUCGAAGUCGAAGCUAACAAUAGAGGAUUUAUUGCCAUUGAUGACAUCAGUCUUACACCCGGGCUUUGUCAAGUGAAUGAAACAAGUUUGGGAUUUGUGGGUUGCUCAUUUGAAAGUGAUACAUGUGAUUGGGAGGACAUCAGCGUUGGCCAGUUUCAGUGGGUGAGAGGGAAGAAUGCAACUGGGAACAUUGGACCCGCUCCGGACCACACACUGGGCACUGGACUGGGUUGGUACAUGGCAGUGGAAUCUGACCGAGGCGAUCAGAUAAGCCCUGCUGCCCUGCAGAGUCCCACCAUGAAACAGGCCAGUGCAAGCUGCACACUGCACUUCUACUACAACCUGUAUGGAGAGGACACUGAAGAGCUGAAUGUGGUGCUAAAGGAGGGCUCCAGGUCCACUACGCUGUGGUGGCUAUCGGGCAGCCAAGGAAAUCGGUGGCAUCAUGGUGAGGUAACGGUUGGUAGAAUCCCUGCGCAAUUCACCAUCCUGUUCAAAGCCUCCAGAACCUUCAACAAGCCCGGACACAUGGCCAUUGAUGACAUAGACUUCACAAACUGCACACUGCCUGAGCCCCAGCCCCUAUGUCCAGAGAGUAUGUUCAUGUGCAACAACAGUGUGUGUGUUGACCACAACCAAGUGUGUGACUUCAGCGAUGACUGUGGGGACUGGUCUGAUGAGAGCAACUGUGAGCAAGAUGGCGUGGCGGGGAGCUGCAGCUUCGAACGUGGUCUGUGUUCCUGGGGAGAGAAUGAUGUGGACACACCUGGAAACGAGUGGACGCUUCACAAAGGACUGGAAGCUUGGCCCGACCAUGGGCCUCCAAGGGAUCACACCCAAAACUCUGCUGCAGGUCACUAUGUAAUACCUGGGCGAGCUAAGAAGGGCCAGACUUCAGAGAUUCUCUCCAAAACUUUACUAGGCAGCUUGAACUGCACUGUGAGGUUCUUCUUCUUCAGCCUGGACGAUGCUACAGCCAAACUUACUGCCCAGUCCAGGACACGGGGGUCCGGUGUUGACGACAGACUGUUAUGGCUCAGGGAAAACGCACAGAGCUACAGCUGGCAGAGAGCAGUGGUCACGUUCUCCUCGUCAGCCAACAGCAAGAUUGUCUUCAGUUAUGAGCAUGGGAACAGUCGCAGAGGCCUGGUUGCACUAGACGACAUAUCUUUCUCCAAAGAGUGUGUAUUCGACCCUGACGACAACCGGCUCCCUGAUACGUCGCCCACCUCUUCACCACCUACGACCUCUAACACACCAACAUCUGAACAAAUCAACCCCUGUCAGGAUAAUGAGUUUUUCUGUUGGAAAUCAGCGGAAAAAGUCUGUAUUCUGGCUCCCUUUCAAUGUGAUUAUCAUCCAGACUGCCCCCAGGGGGAGGACGAGCAUGGCUGUGGUCCGUGCACAUUUGAGAGUGAUCAGUGCCGAUGGACUGACACUAGUGAAGGACAGAACAAGUGGCAGAGACAGAAAGCCAGCAACGACAGCAGGCCAACAACCGAUCAUACUACAGACACAGGCUACUACAUGAGAGUGAAUUUCAGUCAGAGGUCCACACAGAGUGAGGCCCAGCUCCAGAGUCCCCCACUCCCCCCUUCAUCCCAAUACUGCCAGAUUCUGUUUCACUUCCACAUCAGUGCUGAGAGUGCUGGGUCACUCAGAGUGCUUAUGCAGCAAGCUGAGGGGAGUGAAGCAAUCCUGUGGUCACGGAGUCACAACACUGUCUCCCAUUGGACUGCAGAGUCUCUUCUUCUUGGCCUGCACCAGCAGCCUUAUAAGGUUUUGUUUAGUAGCACGAAUAAAGCGACUCAGGAGGCCACAACCAGUGGAGGUCACAUUUUUGCUGUGGAUGAUAUCUCUUUUCUAAACUGUGAAAAAUCCUACAGACCACCAGCUCUGUCUGCAUAUAGCUGUUCUUUUGAAGCUGGUCUGUGUAUUUGGGUGCAGGGGGCUGAAGAUGAGUUGGACUGGCUCAGCACGUCUGGUCCUACUGAAACCCCCAACACCGGGCCUGCAGGAGACCACACUACCGGCAAAGGAAAAUACCUUUAUAUCAAGAGUUCCGCACCAAGUGUGAAGGGGAACGUGGCCCAGCUGAAGUCUGCACUGCUGCCACCUGCUGGGGAAAAAGGAUACUGUCUCACAUUUUGGUACCACAUGUUUGGAACUACUGUGGGCUCUUUGAAGAUGUAUCUACACUCAGCUGAUCAAUUGAAGAAAACACUGGUGUGGCAAAAGUCGAGAAAUCAAGGGGAUGAGUGGCUGCUGGUGCAGAGCCACGUGAUGCUGCAGAAAGUCCACCAAGUGGUUCUGGAGGCUACAGUUGGAGGAGAGGCGGGGGACAUCGCCAUUGAUGACAUCUCCCUUGUCAGUGGACCAUGUCCUGCCUCUGAUUUGUGUGACUUCGAGGAGGGGAGUUGUAACUGGCAGCAGCACACCACUGAUGACUUUGACUGGGUCAGAGACUCGGGCUCCACUCCCAACACCAACACCGGACCAGACACCGACCACACCACCAACACAGCCGCGGGCCAUUACUACCACCUGCCCUCCUCCGCUGCCGACCUCGCCGGCCAGAGAGCUGCAAUGUCUUCACCACUGUACCCUGCAGGAAAAGGAGCCUGUAUGCAGCUGUGGUACCACAUGCGUGGCAAAGGCAUGGGGACGCUGAAUGUUUACCAGCAGAGUGAAGAAGGGAAGGAAGCUCUGAUUUUCUCUCAGACAGGAGACCAGGGCGGGCUGUGGAGGCUCGCUCAGGCUUCACUUCUGCCUCGGGUUCAGCCGUUCAGGAUCGUGGUGGAAGGUGUGAAGGCUGGCCCCACUCAGGAGGCAGACAUGGCUUUUGAUGAUGUGCAGCUGACGGAGGCUCAGUGUCCUCCUCCUGGAUUUUGUGACUUUGAGAUCAACAUGUGUAGCUGGAGCAACCUGGGCGGAGGAGUCGACCAGGGCGACUGGCUCCGCGGCAGAGGGGCCUCUCCGAAUCCGAACACCGGACCCAGUCUCGAUCACACCACCAACUCGAAGCAUGGUUACUAUCUGUAUGUGGACAGCUCAGUGGGUGAGUGGGGAGACUCGACCUUCCUAGUCAGUGAUGUGUUCCAGAAGUCCAUUAGAGGGCACUGUCUCACCUUCUGGUACCACAUGUAUGGCAGCCAUGUUGGGACUCUCAGAGUUUACAUAAAUGACAGAAAAAUGCAAACUGGUGGCAACGAGGAAGGGAUUCUGAAGUGGAUUGAUUCAGGAAACAAGGGAGACAAGUGGCAGAUGGCUCGUGUGUCGUUAAAACACGAAGAAGCAUUCUGGUUGGUGUUUGUGUACCAGAGGGGGAUGAAUACAGGUGGGGAUGUUGCUCUCGAUGACAUCACUAUCUUCCCCGGCAGCUGCUACCCAGAUCCCCCCAUCGGCCCUCCUGAUGAUGACAACGAUAUGUUGUCCUUGGGCCUCGCAGUUGGUCUGACUCUGCUGGCUGGAGUCUGCCUCUCCAUCUUCCUCCUUGUGCUGAACAGGAAACACAGAAUGAUAAACCAGCCGACAAUGAUGAACAGCGAUGUGAUUGACAAGAACUCAGCGUUGGACCUGUUUGACUGUAAAAUAGAUGGCACACAACACGGAGCUGAAUCUGACCUUUGCUUUGCCAACAAGCUGUGGGAUCUGUCACCACAUGCAACUGAAGUCAGCAUGUGUUCAUCUGAUGCUUAGACCAGAUUAAUAAUUAGAAUGAAACAAAUAAACCAUAAGCAGUGUGUAAGUUGUAACUGUAUGGCAUUGUGCUGAGAAAAAUGAAUACGGCAUCAGUAACACUUUAAUACAGACUACUGGAGUACUUUUCAUAACUUGCAAAUACUUCCAAGCAGAGUAACGAACCCCUUGAUUAAGCAAUAAUAACUAAUUAUUACAAAAUGGAAUAUCAUGUGCUAACUUUUCUUACAUUGAUCAUGCUAUUGCUGUGUAGCCUGAAGAAAUACAUGAACAUAAAUUUCAGGUUUGUGUCUGAGACUGUUCCUGUUAAACUAUUAUCCAGUGGUGUAGCACAGAACAACAUAUGAUGUAUGCAUGUAUAUAAUACACACAACAUUAAAACAUUAAACCCAAA